GAGCAGAGCUUGCUGGGAAAUGUGGUUCUUCUGGGCUGCCGGGGCGGUGGCCGCAAAUCCUGCGGACCCGGUGGCCAGCCCGGAGUGGACCCGACAUGGCUGGGCCGGGUGGCUCCGGGGGCCCGAUAGGGGCCGGGGCCCUGGCAAGUGGGGCACGCUCCAAAGUAGCUCCGAGUGUGGAUUUUGACCACAGCUGCUCAGACAGUGUUGAGUACCUGACGCUCAACUUCGGGCCCUUCGAAACAGUGCAUCGCUGGCGGCGCCUCCCACCCUGCGACGAGUUCGUGGGUGCCCGGCGCAGCAAGCACACGGUGGUGGCAUAUAAAGAUGCCAUCUACGUUUUUGGUGGAGACAAUGGAAAGACAAUGCUCAAUGAUCUUCUACGGUUCGAUGUGAAGGACUGCUCUUGGUGCAGAGCCUUUACAACUGGUACCCCACCAGCCCCCCGCUAUCACCACUCAGCUGUUGUCUAUGGGAGCAGUAUGUUUGUCUUUGGAGGCUACACUGGAGACAUUUAUUCCAAUUCUAACUUGAAGAAUAAAAAUGACCUCUUUGAAUACAAAUUUGCAACUGGUCAGUGGACAGAGUGGAAAAUUGAAGGGCGGUUGCCUGUUGCCAGAUCAGCCCAUGGGGCCACUGUGUACAGUGACAAGCUGUGGGUCUUCGCUGGCUAUGAUGGCAAUGCCAGGUUGAACGACAUGUGGACAAUUGGCCUCCAGGACCGUGAACUCACGUGUUGGGAGGAGGUAGCCCAGAGUGGUGAGAUUCCACCAUCUUGCUGCAACUUCCCUGUAGCGGUGUGCAGGGACAAGAUGUUUGUGUUCUCAGGACAGAGUGGAGCCAAGAUAACCAACAACCUCUUCCAGUUUGAAUUCAAGGAUAAGACGUGGACACGCAUCCCUACUGAGCACCUGCUCCGGGGCUCCCCGCCACCCCCACAGCGGCGGUAUGGUCACACUAUGGUAGCCUUUGACCGCCACCUCUAUGUGUUUGGGGGUGCAGCUGACAACACACUGCCUAACGAGUUGCAUUGCUAUGAUGUGGACUUCCAGACCUGGGAAGUGGUGCAGCCUAGCUCUGACAGUGAGGUUGGUGGGGCUGAGGUACCUGAGCGGGCUUCUGCUUCCGAGGAACUUCCUACCCUGACCUCUGAGGAGCGAGGUGGCUUCAAGAAGUCCCGAGAUGUGUUUGGUUUGGAUUUUGGUACUACUUCAGCUAAGCAGCCUGCCCAGCCAGCAUCAGAAUUGCCCAGUGGGAGGCUCUUCCAUGCGGCUGCUGUCAUCUCUGAUGCCAUGUACAUCUUUGGGGGGACGGUGGACAACAAUAUCCGGAGUGGGGAGAUGUACAGAUUUCAGUUCUCCUGUUACCCUAAGUGCACGCUGCAUGAAGACUAUGGGCGGCUGUGGGAGAGCCGGCAAUUCUGUGACGUGGAGUUCGUGCUGGGGGAGAAGGAGGAGUGUGUGCAGGGCCAUGUGGCCAUUGUUACUGCACGAAGCCGCUGGCUUCGCAGGAAGAUCGUUCAGGCACGAGAGUGGCUGGCCCAGAAGCUGGAGGAGGAGGUGACCUUGACUCCCAAGGAGGUCUCUGGUGCAGCCAUAGGGGGGGCACGUCCACCCCUGCUACGAGUGGCCAUCCGGGAGGCCGAGGCCCAGCCCUUUGAGGUGCUCAUGCAGUUCCUCUACACUGACAAGAUCAAGUACCCACGAAAAGGCCAUGUGGAAGAUGUGCUGCUCAUCAUGGACGUGUACAAACUGGCCCUGAGCUUCCAGCUAAGCCGCCUAGAGCAGCUGUGUCGCCAGUAUAUUGAGGCCUCUGUGGACCUGCAGAAUGUGCUAGUUGUGUGUGAAAGUGCCGCCAGGCUACAGCUGGGACAGCUCAAGGAGCACUGCCUGAACUUCGUGGUGAAGGAGUCCCACUUCAACCAGGUGAUCAUGAUGAAGGAGUUUGAACACCUCUCAUCCCCACUGAUUGUGGAGAUUGUGCGGCGGAAGCAGCAGCCACCCCCUCGCACCCCUUCAGAUCAGCCUGUGGACAUCGGCACAUCUCUAAUCCAGGACAUGAAGGCAUAUCUGGAGGGAGCAGGUGCAGAGUUCUGUGACAUCACACUGCUGCUAGAUGGCCACCCAAGGCCAGCCCACAAGGCCAUCCUAGCUGCUCGCUCUAGUUACUUUGAGGCUAUGUUCCGGUCCUUCAUGCCCGAGGAUGGGCAGGUGAACAUCUCCAUUGGGGAGAUGGUGCCCAGCAGGCAGGCCUUUGAGUCCAUGCUGCGCUACAUUUACUAUGGCGAGGUCAACAUGCCACCCGAGGACUCACUCUACCUGUUUGCAGCCCCCUAUUACUACGGCUUCUACAACAACCGGCUGCAGGCAUAUUGUAAGCAGAACCUGGAGAUGAAUGUAACUGUGCAGAACGUGCUGCAGAUCCUGGAGGCAGCUGACAAGACGCAGGCACUGGACAUGAAGCGGCACUGUCUGCACAUUAUUGUGCACCAGUUCACCAAGGUCUCCAAGCUGCCCACACUACGGUCCCUCAGCCAGCAGCUAUUACUGGACAUCAUAGACUCUCUGGCCUCCCACAUCUCUGACAAGCAGUGUGCAGAGCUGGGUGCAGACAUCUGAGCGCCCACCAGUAUGGAGCAUGAUAAGCUGCCUGCUUGGUGCACUGCAGACUGUCCUGACCACACCUGUGCAUGCAGAGUGGUCAUACCUUUAGGGCCAACCUCCAGGGUGCUCAGAGCUUCCUGAGAGAGCCAAAAGGUACAGGAGGGACCGCUUAUUUUAUUGAGAAUGAGACAGGUCUCAUAGUGAAACAGGACCCCUGCCUUCAGCUGUUAUCCUCUUCUGAGUAGAAGGCCAGGGCUUUGUAAUGAAUUCUAUCCAGCAGUGAAGCGAGGCUGGGGGUAUGGCCUUGUGGUCAGGCAUGGGCUUUGGAAGGCUCAGCCUGGCUCCUAUGGUCUGUGUGUCGUGGAUUCAGCUUUGGGUCAUGUUAUCAGGACCUUUCUCUAGGAAGGAGGAAGGCAGCUUGCCAGAAUUACUGCCCAGGAUAAACAACUCACCUUAGCCUAUAAGGAAUUCUGGCAGUGAGCUCACAAAUGGGCACCAGUGAUGGUAGGUCUGGAGUUAAGAGCCCUGUGGUUUAUUCUCAGUCCACAGGGAAGCCAAGCUGAGCUGGGUCUGGUUUCCAGAAGGAAGUCAGCAGAGAUGCCCCCCUCCCCCAAGUAUUUAUUGUCAUAGAUAUGCCUCCAUUAAAUGCUACCAACACA